AGCAUGCGAUUAUAAAACAACUCUCGAUUUAUAGCCUUCAUUGAGAAAUCUGUCCUGUAUUUGCCAUCAACUGAGACGUUCGUUUAGAAACUUGGUUAAUAAGAAGACUUUUGUCCAAAUAACAUUAUUAACUUUUGUUUGCACUUCAAUUAGGUUUUCAUUUUUAUGUUGGCAACACAGCUGAACUUUGACUUGCACAGAGAGGUUUUAAUUGAUUGUGGGAAUUUCUAGACGCAUCAUGGUUACAUUAGAUUUUAGUUCAUGGUGCCAGUACCUUGAGUGACGUUAUCUUGGUAUGUUAGCGACAGAAUAACACUGCUGUGCCUUGACUUAUCCAAAUGUCUUUUGGUGUUCGUUAUAACAGCUGUAGUUAGUCUAAAUUAAGACAUUUGAUGAUUGUAACAUAUAUUCAGCUAACACGUUGUUGUAUGUUGCAUUUUAUGGUUAAUGAGUUAUGCAGUAAACUCUUAAACUGAAAGCCUUUAGUAGCAUUCAAACAUUUGUGGUAAAUGCACAUGGCAUGCCACCCUGUCCAUCAUCAAGAUUUAACUAUUCCAUCAUUCAAGCCACCAAACCAGCCAUUACAGGGAUUCAAACACACUGUUUUAACUUAUUAUUGUAUGAUUAAAGAAAAUUUGAAAUACAGAUUACACAUUUUUAAAUUUAUUUUAUAGCAUUAGGAUGCCAAACAUUGUCAUUGGCUGUGACAGUAAACAAUUUAAAUUGAAGACAAAUGCAUUUUGUUUAAAAUAAAAAUAAUCCUUAAUCAGUUUUAACUUUUGCCACUGAAGACAGGGAGGCAGACAACAAGGUCUUUAAAAGUGAAUGACUGAGAUGCAUGCUAAAACUGUGAUAGUGUGAGAGCUGCUGUUGCUGUGCUGUGAGAGCACCUACUUUGUGAUGUCUUUAGGUGAGCACAUAUUUAAUGUACAAUGGGUAAAAUGCAAAGCCUGUGUAAAAAUCCAAUUAUGAUGUUUUGUGGAUGGAUUCAGAAUCUUUGAAGAGAGAAUCUUGAUGCAUGUUCUUGAUCUUCAGUAUGGAAUGUAUGUGUGGCCCUGCGCGGUGGUUUUGGCUCAGUAUGUAUGGAUUGCAAAGGAGAAACUACAGAAGAAAUCUGUACUAGAGCUUGGUGCUGGGGUGAGCCUGCCAGGUGUGGUGGCUGCAAAGUGUGGAGCUCAAGUGAUUCUGUCUGACAGUGCUGAGCUUCCUCUCUGCCAGAACAACUGCAAGCAAUCGUGUGAGGUGAAUGAUGUAGAUAGUGUAACUGUGGUCGGUCUUACCUGGGGACAGGUAUCACCAGAGCUGUUGUCUCUGCCUCUUGUGGAUGUCAUCCUGGGAUCAGAUGUGUUCUAUGAGCCUGAAGAUUUUGAAGAUGUCCUUGUGACAAUUUCAUUUCUGUUAAAGCGGAACCCCUAUGCUCAGUUCUGGACCACGUAUCAGGAAAGAAGCACUGACUGGUCUGUAGAAGCUUUGCUGCAUAAGUGGAACCUGAAGUGCAUUGAUAUUCCUUUGGAGACAUUUCAUGCAAAUAGAAACCAAUUAGCAGGAUCAGCUCUACCUGGGGAUCAUACUAUACAAAUGAUGAUUGUAACUGCAAAAAGUAAAACUUGAUUUAAUAGUGUACAUAAAUACAAUCUUGUUUGAAAUGUUGCGUCUGGGUAUCUAGUUAAUUUAAAACAACUGUUUAUGAAAUGUCCAGUUAUUUAAUAAAGUUUUGUUUUAAAAAUCA